GAAAUGAAUAUUUAUACCAUUGGAAAGAUCUUAAAAAGUUAUUAAAUGUGAUAUAUGAACUUCUGACACACAUUUUCAAGUGUAGGCUUCAAGAGGGUGGCAACGUGUCUGAGCACGUUCUCAAAAUGAUUGGCUUAAUUGAAAGAGUUGCUACCACCGGAAUUAAGUUUGAGGAUCGUGUCUCAGCUGCUAUCAUCCUAUAUUCGCUUCCAAGUUCAUUUACUAACUUCAUUGUGAAUUAUAAUUUGAACAAAACAAAAGCGAUCAUGCCUGAACUCCAUAAAUGCUCAAGUCUUAUGAAGCCUCAACCUCUAAAGGAAAGAAUGUUCUUAUGGUAAGCUCCAAUGCUAAGUCUCGUUCUAAGAACAAGAAUAAGCAAAAGAAGAAAGGUAAGGUUGGACCUACUCCUACAGCUCUGAAGCCUAAAGGUGGAGGUCAUAUGAAGCCAAAGGUUGCAAAGGAUGUUUGUCUCUACUGCAAAGAGAAGGGGCAUUGGAAGAGAGAUUGUGAGCUGUAUAAGGCUAAUCUAGCCAAAGCAUCGGGUGCUUCAAGCUCAGGGUUAAAGUAUUAGAUACAACUUAUGGCUUACACAUUUGUAAAAAUGUUCAGAAGCCUGAGAAGCAGUGUAGCAGUUGGACUGGGUAAAAUUGACCUACGCGUGAAGGCUGGAGCAAAAGUUGCUGCUGAACGUGAUAGGAUCUUAUAGUUUAGAUUUGCCUAGUGAUUUUAGAUUAGAGUUAAAUAAUUUUUAUUUUAUUCCUUCUAUUACCAAGAAGAUUAUUUCCAUUCAUAUGUUAGACAUUAAAAGAUUUCUGUUUCCAUUUUGCUAAUAAUAAUUGUUAUUUUCGUAAAA